AAUUUGUAGCUAAUGCAAAUUGUGAUACGCAUAAGGCAAUAUACUAUGUUAUUCUAAUUUUUUUUUUUUUGAUAUAUAUAUAACUAUACAGUACGACAUAUAUACAUACAUAUAUAUAAAGUAUAUGUACGAUCGAAGUGCUUGCAGUCUAUGCAUGUAGUUAUAUGGUAUAAGCCUCUAUUAUCAGGCGAAUGUCUUAGCGUUAGUUCGCUGUAAUUUAUACAUAACAUAUACUUAAUUAAAGCUCUUACUUUACUAGACAAUAGAGAGAAAACAAACCCCAAACCUCAACUUAAAACGCUUUUUAUUAGCCCAACCUGCUUGCCCUUCGUUGCCGUUCGAGCUUGGUUAAGUUUGCGUGUCAGCCAUUGGCCUCCAUUCCAGCUAAUCUAUUGUGGCAAGGCACAAGACAUGUUAGCAGCUUGAUUAGAAUAGGGCGCUCCAUACACAACGGAACGCACCUCCAGCACCACCCAUCCACCCAUCGUGACACCCGCUGGCGACUGGCACCGCGGCAGAUGACAAAUCGAACAUCGCCCCCAGCACCAACUGCCGCUCGACAGUUGCCAGCAACAUGUCGAGCCGUGCAAAUGGCAGCAACAGUGUUGUCAGAUGCCUGCGCUACACCACCGGCGGUGGCUACUACCAGGGCAUGUGGUUGCAUGGCCAGCAUCAUGGCUACGGCGUCAAGGCCAGCGGACGUGGACUCAUCUAUGAGGGUCAAUGGAGGCGCGGUCAGCGUCAUGGCUACGGCACGCUACGACGUCUGUUCGAGAAUGGGCACGCCCAACGCCUCUAUGUGGGUCAGUGGGCAGCGAAUGUGCGCAGCGGCGAGGGCAAGCAGUACUACGACGACGGCUCCGUCUACUAUGGCCACUGGCUGGACAACGAGCGGAGCGGACGCGGCAUAUUGUGGCAUGCAGAUGGACGCAUCUAUGUGGGCGAGUGGCUAAAGGAUGUCAUGCACGGCCGUGGCGUACUCUACGCAGCCAAUGGCAAUCGUUAUGUGGGUGAAUUCGCUGGCGGAUGCAAAUCCGGCAUUGGCGUCUACUAUCACCAAAGCAGCGAGGGUCAAAGCGUGCAACAGCACGGCCUCUGGAGCGAUAACAUUUGCACAGCUUCGCUGAUGCCACUGAGGAACCCAACAAGUUCAACUAAGCCGAGUCUUUGAGUGAAACAUUUAUAUAAUAGAAAAGGUUGCUGAUAAAUAAUAAUUGUGCUAACGUGUCGAGAGCAUAUAU